CUUUGAGCUGAGGCACACAGAAUUCCCAAAGUUUUAUACAUCCUCCGCACUAUUAUUUACCGCUUCAAGCGUUCAGAGGAGAGGAAAGACAAGAAGUGUGUUGUGCGUUGGAAAAGGACUUUAUGGGACUUAGGUUCAAUGAAAUUGGAGACAAGAUCACGUCCUUUAUUCAAAUGCUGAUGACCUGGAUGCAAUCUAUUGUUUUAAUUCUACAAAUGGUGUUGUCAUACUUACCUGCAGAUCGAGUCAAAGCACCUCGAACGAGGUUUGUGACCUUGUUUUUAUUCAACUUAACCCUGUCUGUUUGUUAAAGCACAGUACGGAAAAGUAACGAAUUAAAUUGUAAUUAUACAAUAUAUAGUAGCUAGGCCUAUUGGCAUUUUACACGUACACCAAAGAGGUUUGGAUUUCCACUUACUCUUAUGAGCCAGUGUUGCAACAGAUUUAUUUUUAAUUUUAAGCGCUCUGAUUAAACGCGAGUAUUUUUGCUCUCCUUCUCCCCGAAAAGGUUCUCCGAAAAGUAGGCGGUAAUUGUCGGUGGAAGAUGGCGAUCAGCGAUUAGUUGCGAAAGGAGUGCGUUCGAUUGGAGGGGCUCCUGGGGUUGAUGAGGAGCGGCGGCCAAUGAGAACGCGUAAAAUGAAUGACCGGGCUCCAGUUAAAGGGGGCGUAAGAGGAGGUAGUGUCAGUCUACUGAGAAAGAGGGACCCUCUGAGAUAAACAUAGACAAGCGAAAGAAAUAAACAUUCAAAUUCAAGAUGCUUCAAGAACAAGAAAGACUCAGUAAGAUAAUACCUCAUAUUGUCAUGUAAUCCGAAAAUAUCGACAUCGACUCAGUUUAAAAGGAACAGCGCAAAGGAAUCUUUUCAUUUCGCUGCAUUGGGGAUUUCGAGUAACAAGUUAUCCAUACGAAAAAACACGUUAACUUAAUACGCAAGAUUUCUUUUUUCUUUUCUUUUUUUUUUUUUUUUUUUACCAAUGAGCGGAUCGAACUUCAUCGCCUCAUGUCUGUUUUCAGAUUUGGAAGUUAAUAUUCCCGUAGCGCAUUCGAUUUUAUUUUGUUAUAUGUUUUGUUGAAGCGCCGUGCAUAGACUGCUUGAACGAGAACUGGUUUUGCUCAACGAGAGCAUGUUACUGGACGCUGGGCAUCAGUUCCCUGGUUUGGGAGUGGGCACCUUUGCCAGGCAUCAUCACUCCUCCAGUGAGAUGCAGGACAGAGACUUGAGUUUAGCGCAGAACAGCUUUGUCGACUCGGCGCACAUGGGCGCCUUCAAACUGAACCACGAUCUCUCGCCCGGACAGAGUUCUGCAUUCACGAGCCAAGCGCCCGGUUACCCCGCCUCGGCUCUGGGCGCGCACGCGGCUCAUGUCACAUCAUACGCCAGCUCGCCGUUUAACUCCACGCGGGACUUUCUCUUUCGCAGCCGUGGAUUCGGGGAAUCAACACCGGCGGGAGGCCAGCACGCACUCUUCGGCCCCACUGCCGGAUCGCUCCAUCACUCUCACACAGACAGCCAAGGCCACAUUCUGUUCCCUGGCAUCCACGAGCAGCAUGGAUCUCACGCAUCCCCAAAUGUUCUCAACGGGCAGAUGCGACUCGGACUACCGGGGGAGGUUUUCGGGCGAUCAGACCAGUACCAUCAGGUCUCCAGCCCUAGGACCGACCCUUACUCAGCCGCUCAGCUGCACAACCAGUACGGCUCCAUGAAUAUGAACAUGGGUAUGAAUAUGGCAGCGCAUCACCAUCACCCCGGUGCCUUCUUUCGCUACAUGAGACAGCAGUGUAUUAAGCAAGAGCUCAUCUGUAAAUGGAUCGAUCCGGAGCAACUCAGUAAUCCCAAGAAGAGUUGCAAUAAAACUUUCAGCACCAUGCAUGAGCUGGUCACCCACGUCUCGGUGGAGCACGUUGGGGGACCCGAGCAGAGCAACCACAUCUGCUUUUGGGAAGAGUGCCCCCGGGAAAGCAAGCCUUUUAAAGCCAAAUAUAAACUGGUCAAUCACAUACGCGUGCAUACGGGAGAAAAACCAUUCCCCUGCCCGUUCCCUGGAUGUGGCAAAGUCUUCGCAAGAUCAGAAAACCUGAAGAUACACAAGAGAACACACACAGGGGAGAAACCAUUUCAGUGUGAGUUUGAGGGAUGUGAUCGACGCUUCGCGAACAGCAGUGACCGAAAGAAGCACAUGCACGUUCACACGUCAGACAAACCGUAUCUUUGCAAAAUGUGUGACAAGUCCUACACGCAUCCCAGCUCUCUUCGAAAGCAUAUGAAGGUUCACGAGUCAUCCCCAGCUGGAUCUGACUCGUCGCCAGCGGCAAGUUCUGGUUAUGAGUCCUCAACACCCCCUGGUCUGGUGUCCCCCUCCACUGAGACCCAAAGCAACAACAAUCUGUCGCCUUCAUCAGCGGUCCACAGUUCCAACAACCACAGCAGUUUAUCGUCCAAUUUCAGUGAAUGGUAUGUUUAAGACUGUGCCAUCACAGGAGGAAUCAUUUCAGAAAUCCAGGAGAUCCAUAUGCACAUAUGUACAAAACGAACGCUUCAAUAUUACGCUCUUGUCCAGCAGGAUUAAUAUUCCCACGUGCGCAAAAGCACUAAACAUCCUCUUUUUGUACAUACUACGCGCUCUCUUUCCCAAUGGUUGUAAUAGAUUUUGUCGUUUUUUUGGUGUAUAGAUGUUCCUUCAAAGGUAGCUAUUUCUCUAACUGGACUUUUUAGUGCACAUAUUACAAUAAAGUUGCAUUAUCAUAAUGAAUAUUGCGAUCCCAUUAUGGCAAACUGAUUGUAAACUAAACAACUAUUAACUGGAAAGAGUGCCAAAGUCAACAUUUAACGAAGACAGACACAAUAUUUGCUUGUGAAUGUAUAUAUUAGUUUGCUGGGCUUAACUUGUGAUGUCUUGUGCUUUGCAAGUUUGAAUUGUGAAAUAUAUUUGGAAGAUGUGGGGCAAAUUAAUGUCGUGCCGUUAAAUAUAUGUAACUACACCCUUCUUUUUGUAAAUAUCGGCUGCCAUAUUUAUCCAUUUGUAAUUAAAUUAUGGUAUUUACUUGCUACAGAUGAAACAAUAUUUAUAAAGAAUGUUUCUUUACUAUAAAUAUGUACAAUUAUGGGCUGAACGGGGCAGUUGUUUUGUUAUAUGUGUUUUUGUUCAAAGUUUGAGAAGUGUUUCUCCAUUAUUGUGAUACAAAUUUUACUGCUUACAGAUAUAAUAAAUCGUGGUGCAAGUGUACAAUCUUCACAA